UCCAUGACCGUAGUCAAUAACAAUAAACUGAAGCACCAUGGAUAUCAAAGGAAUAGGAAUCAUCAAUUUCUUCAACCCUUUGCUUCUUCUAAUGUUCUUUGUCGUCUCUAUUUGUGCCAAUAUUGAGAUGCUUGAUGACAUUGAUUAUCGCUAUGAAUUGGAUGAUGGAGAAUGGGAGAUGGUAGAGAGAAAAGGGAACCAAUUUAUGAUUGGAGGCCAACCAUUCUAUGUUAAUGGAUUCAAUACCUACUGGUUGAUGAUGUUAGCCGUCGAUCAAUCUACAAGAGGAAAGGUUACAGAUGUUUUUCAGCAAGCUUCAUCAGUUGGUCUCAGUGUGUGCAGAACUUGGGCUUUCAAUGAUGGCCAAUGGAGAGCACUUCAGAAAUCUCCUUCAGUCUAUGAUGAAGAUGUUUUCAAGGCUCUAGAUUUUGUUGUGAAUGAAGCAAGGAAGCACAAAAUCAGACUCAUACUCUCACUGACCAACAACUGGGAAGCUUAUGGAGGGAAAGCUCAGUAUGUGAAAUGGGGAAAAGCUGCUGGACUAAAUCUUACUUCUGAUGAUGAUUUCUUCACUGAUCCUACCAUCAAAGGCUAUUACAAAACUCAUGUCAAAACAGUUCUCAACAGAGUCAAUACCUUUACAAACAUUUCAUACAAGGACGAUCCUACCAUUUUCGGGUGGGAGUUGAUGAAUGAGCCCCGAUGCCUCUCAGAUCCCUCUGGAGAUAAAUUACAGACAUGGAUACAAGAGAUGGCAUUUUAUGUAAAAUCUAUCGAUCUGAAACACCUCCUAGGUACCGGAGUUGAAGGAUUUUAUGGUCCCUCAACACAAGACCGGAUUCAAUUCAAUCCCAACACAUUUGCAGGACAAGUAGGAACUGAUUUCAUCAAGAACCAUCAAGUUUUAGGCAUCGAUUACGCUUCUGCUCACAUCUAUCCUGAUGCAUGGCUAUCAAACACGAUAUCUCAAGCCCACAUUCAGUUUGUGAGAUCCUGGAUGCAAAGCCACAUAGACGAUGCUGAGAAUGUGCUAAACAUGCCAGUUGUUUUCGGAGAAUUUGGUGUCUCAGCAAAAGAUGGCAACUAUAACCAAACAUAUAGAGAUAUGUUCAUUGGUAUGGUUUAUAACACUAUGUUGAAUUCUACAAAAAGAGGAGGGAGUGGAGGAGGUUGCCUUUUAUGGCAACUUUUUCCCCAGGGAACGGAGUAUAUGGAUGAUGGGUACUCUAUAGUUCUUAGUAAAACUCCAACGACAGCAAACAUUUUAUCGUUGCAAUCAAGAAGGCUUCAGCUUUUCAAUUCUAGGUGCACUUGGAGAUGCCAUUGGGGAUGCAAGAAGAAGAGUGACUUGGAUUUAGUGUUUCCUCUUGAUGAUACAAUGUGAACAUGUUCCUUCAAAGUUUACAUAGAAACUAUGUACAUAACGUUAUACACAAACAUACAAGUAUAGUCAUGAAAUAAUGUAUAUAAGUUUGAGCUUUCCGUUUGUUGUU